AUGGCUGACCAUCUUUUACAUUAUAAUGACUCAGCUGGGGUUGGGAACCGUUUCGCCCGCAAAGGUGCUUUGCGGCAGAAAAAUGUGCAUGAAGUGAAAAACCACAAAUUUACUGCGAGGUUUUUCAAGCAGCCGACGUUCUGCAGCCAUUGCACAGAUUUCAUAUGGGGAUUUGGGAAACAAGGAUUUCAAUGCCAAGUGUGCUGUUUUGUGGUCCACAAACGCUGCCAUGAGUUCGUCACCUUCUCCUGUCCUGGAGCCGACAAGGGUCCUGACACAGACGACCCCAGAAGCAAGCACAAGUUCAAGAUUCACACAUACGGCAGUCCCACCUUCUGUGACCACUGUGGUUCGCUGCUGUACGGCCUCAUCCACCAAGGGAUGAAAUGUGACACCUGCGACAUGAACGUACACAAGCAGUGCGUGGUCAAUGUGCCGAGCCUGUGUGGGACGGACCACACGGAGCGCCGGGGUCGCCUCUUCCUCAAGAUCGAGGUCAACUUGGACAGGCUACACGUCACAGUGGGGGAAGCAAGGAACCUGAUUCCUAUGGAUCCAAAUGGUUUAUCAGACCCUUAUGUUAAACUCAAGCUCAUCCCCGACCCAAAGAACGAGACCAAACAGAAGACCAGGACCAUCCGUUCCUCUCUUAACCCCUGCUGGAAUGAGUCCUUCACCUUUAAGCUGAAAGCAUCAGAUAAGGACCGCCGUCUGUCCAUCGAGGUGUGGGAUUGGGACCGAACCACUCGCAACGACUUCAUGGGCUCCAUGUCGUUUGGAGUGUCCGAGCUCAUCAAAUCCACCAACUGUGGAUGGUACAAGCUGCUGAACCAGGAGGAAGGAGAAUAUUACAACGUUCCCAUCCCCGAGGUGGACGACGUCAACCUGGAGCUCCGACAGAAGUUUGAGGCCUGCCAGUUAAAUAUCCACUAUCUCAAGAAAGCCAAGCUGGGUCACGGUAAGAAAGUGAUCACGCCGUCAGACCACCGGCGGUUCAGCUUGCCCUCAGGUAACAUGGACCGGGUGCGACUGAGCGACUUCAACUUCCUGGCCCUGCUGGGGAAGGGCAGCUUUGGCAAGGUGAUGCUGGCAGAGAUGAAGUCGACAGAGGAGCUGUACGCCAUCAAGAUCCUGAAGAAAGACGUAGUGAUCCAGGAUGAUGACGUGGAAUGUACAAUGGUGGAGAAGAGGGUCUUGGCCCAGAGAGACAAACCACCCUUCCUCACGCAGCUCCACUCCUGCUUCCAGACUGUGGAUCGGCUGUACUUUGUGAUGGAGUACAUCAACGGGGGAGAUCUUAUGUAUCAUAUCCAACGUAUGGGCAAAUUCAAGGAGCCACAGGCAGUGUUUUAUGCUGCUGAGAUUGCUGUCGGUUUGUUUUUCUUGCACCGAAAGGGAAUCAUCUACAGGGAUCUGAAGCUCGACAACGUGAUGCUGGACUCGGAGGGCCACAUUAAAAUCGCUGACUUCGGCAUGUGUAAGGAGAACAUGUAUGAAGGCAUGACCACACGCACCUUCUGCGGCACCCCAGACUACAUCGCACCAGAGAUUAUAGCAUACCAGCCUUAUGCAAAAUCAGUGGACUGGUGGGCUUAUGGAGUUCUUCUGUAUGAGAUGCUGGCAGGACAGCCUCCGUUUGACGGCGAGGAUGAAGACGAGCUUUUCCAGUCCAUCAUGGAGCACAACGUGUCCUACCCCAAGUCCAUGUCCAAAGAAGCGGUUUCCAUCUGCAAGGGACUGAUGACCAAGCAUCCGUCAAAGCGUCUCGGCUGUGGCCCAGAGGGGGAGAGGGACAUCAGGGAGCAGGCCUUCUUCAGACGCAUCGACUGGGAGCGCCUGGCAAACAGAGAGAUCCAGCCGCCAUUUAAACCCAAAGUGUGCGGCAAAGGAGCAGAGAACUUCGACAAGUUUUUCACACGUACGCAGCCUGUGCUGACCCCUCCCGACCAGCUGGUCAUCGCCAACAUCGACCAGAGCGAGUUCGCAGGCUUCUCCUACAUGAACCCUCAGUUCACCCAUCCAUCCCUGCACAGCGUGGUAUGAGGAGAGGGCAGGUUAAAAAAAAAAACAAAAGCAUGGACUGUCGUUCACUACAGGAUCCUUCCAAACUCUGACAAACAAUCCCACUGAUAAAAGACUCAUAUCACCCUCUACAGUGUUCUGUCUACUACUUAUCAGUAUCUGUGUAGAGAAGCAACUGAGGAGAGGGGAGCAAAGUGUUAAAGAAAACCUACAUGGCACUAUUUUUCCAUAAUUUUUCCCCAAACAUCUCAUAUAAUAUGUUCUUUAUUCUGUAUGUGUUGAUCCGAAAGUGCAGCCUUUUUUUCUUGUGUAUGAAUGUGUCUAUCAGUUACUUUCUCAUUAAUAUGAAAUCGUAUUAAAGAUGCAAGAUGGGUUUUUUUCCUUUCUCAUGUUCCCCCAUCUUACUACGCAACAAGCUGCAAUGCACGACAAGAACGGAACAUAUUUUUCUGCUCUGUCCCGGCUUUAUCUACUUCUCAACCGCUUCACGUGUAUUUUAUAUUUAUAUACUUUAAAAAAAACAACAAAAAAAACAAGAGGUAGUAUACUGUUACAUGAGUGCCAAAGUAGAAGUGGGGAAAAAUCAUUUCUAUUACAGUUCUUAAAGUCCUUGUAAUGUUUUCCCAACACUCUAAAACCCCUGAGCAGGGAGCGUUUCUAUGUGUCGUUUUGUAGGACGUGGAGCUACAGUAUAUCUAACUCAACAUAGAGAAACAGAAGCACAUUAUGCUUACAAGCUGUCAGUGCAGUGGAGUUCAGUAUAUAGGGUCAGAAAACUGUGGAUCAAAGAGACAGUGUUUUCAAAGUAUAAAGAUGCUAUUUCCAUAUGCACAAAGCAGAUCUCUGUUGCAUGCUUAUUUUUCUGACUCUGUACGAGCAGUAGACUCUAGGAUGCAGUACACGUCUGGUAUCAUUGUAAAGUUUAGUAUUAAGAUAUAAACUAUGUUAAUAUAUAAUUGUUGUAUGUUUUAAAGAGUCUUAUUCUGAGGAAACGGUUUCUAAUUGUUAAAGGAAAAAAGGUUUUGUUCCUGUUUUAUGUUCCGCUUAACUUUUACGUCCAGAGAGGAUCCUCUAUUGUAUGUCAGCCUUUCUUCUUUUUUUUUUUUUUUGUAAAUAUGUUUCAAAAAGAGCAGAUUUUAUACUACAAACUGAAUGUGCUUUUACUACCGUAGACAGUUUGAACAUUUCUAUGUUUAGAGUACCCCCAAGAAGAGUAUAUAUACAUAUAUAUACAUAACGUUUGGCUGGAUCUUUGGUAGCUUUGGUAUCAGCAAACCUUGUUACAUGUAUUUCCACUAUCUAUCCAUUGUUUUCUACUACUCACUGUAAUGGCGAAUAUGCAGCACCUACCGUGCGGUUGAAUGCCCUCUUGCCUUGGUUGUCUCAGGGCCGACUGCUUCUGUAACAAAUUCAAAACCUGAGUAACACUACGAGGAUUUUGGAGCCCUGAAACACGUCUUUUCUUUCUUGCGUAUAUUGUGUGCAUGCGUGAGGCGAGGCCUGACCUAAGCAUGAGAAAGAGACCCCCCCCCCCCCCCCCCCCCCGCAUGAUACAGAGAUCACGGAGCAUGGAGUUUCCCCACCUUGUUGAGCAGAAUGAGACAAACCAAUGAGCAUCGUGCGCUUUUCUUUCGUCUCCUCCCGGUUGCUGUCAUGUAGCGCGUCAUGUUUGGCUAAAAAGCUGAAUUAUAAACAAGACAAAUACGUGUAAAAAUGCUUCUGUUGGCUUUUUGUUCACCGGUGCCAAUCUUAAAUCUUUUUCUUUCCAGUUUCAUUUUGUUUUUUUGAGAGGCUACUACUGAGGCACACAAUGCUACAACAGUGACGUUUUCAUGAAACUGCCAAAUUUGCUCUUAACCCCUGAGUUAAUUCUUGAACAUAUAGACUGAUGUUGCAGCUGUCACAUCUGGACCAAAAUGAGAUUUUGGAGGUUAAGAGAAAAGUGAAUGUUUACAUGUCUCACAUUGAGAAUCUUUAUCAGAGAAGAGGAAGAGAAAACAAAACUUUGGACCCAUGACAGAGGUAAUCAGAUGUCAGGCCAGUCAGGGUACAGUACCACUACAGGCUACAAUCAGAGCCACAGGGAUGUUUGUAUGUGUUUCCUUUCACUGCCCCUGCUUUUGUUAACCUGAUUCUUCUUGUUCCUCUGUUCAUUGUGGUAUGAUGGAUACUGUGUAUAAAUAAAGUAUGA